AUGGAGAACCGGCCGAAGGAGCAUUACACUGUGGCGUGGAUCAGUGCUCUUCCCAUCGAAUCGACUGUGGCAGAGUGUGUGUUGGACGAGUAUCACGGCCUGUUCAGCGAACAAGAUGAUCCAAUCACUUACAUUCUUGGAUCUAUUCGGGGACAUAAUAUUGUCAUUGUAUCCCCUUUGGCCGGGGUUCCCGGAUCAUCGGCAGCUGCAAGGCUAACAACAAGUGUGAGGCGUACUUUCAAGAACAUCCGCUUCGGAUUUUUAGUGGGGAUUGGAGGAGGAAUACCGAGUGAAAGACAUGAUGUGCGUCUUGGUGAUGUGGUCGUCGGAAUUCCAGGAGAUGGGCUGGGCGGCGUGCUACCCCAUGAUAGAGGAAAGCACCUUGAUGGGAGCUUCAAGAUCACAGGACACCUGAACAAACCCCCAGACGUGGUUCUGAGUGCAGUUUCUGCGCUCCAACAUGGGCAGGUGGUUGGAAGGAAUCCUAGAAUUCUCCCAUACAUCACGGAGAUGGUGGAGCGACAUCCCAACCUUCAAGGACUAGUCUAUGACAAGACACGGAGCGAUGAGCUCUACGAUGAGUCAGGCUUGAUCGUGGAUCGAAUCCCUCGCGAAAGCCCGGACCCGAUGAUCCACUACGGCAUAAUUGCGUCUGGCGACCAGUUGAUAAAGGAUGCCAACCUGAGAAAACGCCUUGGGCGAGAUUUCAACGUACUCUGUGUUGAAAUGGAAGCAACCGGAGUGGUAGAUGUGCUCCCCUGCCUAGUCAUACGAGGAAUCAGCGACUAUGCAGAUUCCUAUAAAAAUGAUGCCUGGAAUUGGUAUGCGGCAGCAACUGCGGCUGCGUAUGCCAAAAAUCUACUGUCUGUUAUCGGACCACUCAGGCUGUGCGAGGAUUCUGGACACCCACGGGCGUUGCCGGCAGUCGACCAGGAAAUGUUCAGUGUCAAUUUCGAAUCAAUGGAGAUACUUGCAGUAGAGCGUCUUAUCGGCCGCGACACGGAUUUGCUCAACUUAUGGGAUCGGCUUAGUCCUGAGGCCUCCACAAGCAGAAAAAUAGCCGUAGUGCAAGGUCUAGGUGGGCUUGGAAAGACGCAGUUGGCGAUUCACUUUGUUCUGCGCUAUAAGGAAGAAUUCUCGGCCAUUUUUUGGGUCAACGGCAAAACUCGAGAAACGGCAUGCCAGUCAAUGGCUUCAUUUCUGGCCAAGUUGCCUGGGGUUGAAUGCCAGGCAACGAAUGACCAGAAUGUGGAGGAGCAAGCUGUACAGGUUUUAAGCUGGCUGUCACAAGCCGGAAACUCCAAAUGGCUGCUGGUCUUUGACAACGUUGAUGGCUGUUGCCCAUCUGGGGCCCCCGAUGCAGACCAUUACGACAUUACCAGAUUCUUUCCUGCAGCACACCAUGGCUCGAUUCUCAUCACGACACGCGAGUUGAGCCUCGCGAACCGCGUGGGAAGAGAUCCUUACCUCAUCCAGAAACUACCAACCGCCGAGUCAAUAGAGCUGCUUCUAACUCGUGCUGGGCCCGUGUUACCGAUGACAGAGAAAGACAACCCCGAUGUUGUUGCACUUGCAAAUAGGCUGGAUGGGCUUCCUCUUGCCGUUGUGCUUGCUGGAUCCUAUAUACGGCAGACAGGAGUGUCUGUUGGUGAAUAUCUAGAAUUGUAUCACAGCCAGUGGGAGGAGCUAAACAAAGGGCUUGAGCCCUUUGGGCAGUACGAAAACGGUGAUUUAACAACUACAUGGGCAAUGUCCGUCACUGCGGUUAAGCAGAGGUCGCCGUCAGCUGCAAGAUUACUGUUAUUGCUGUCAUGCUUUGAUAACCACGAUAUAUGGUAUGGCCUCGUUCGCCAGGGCCUUGAUCAUAAUUCCGAGCCACAUUGGCUAGCAGAGAUUGUGCUGAAGCCAACCACGUUCUUCAGGGCAAUGGCUGAGCUCCUCAACUUCUCGCUAAUCACUUCCGAGCGGGGCAGUACUUACUCAAUGCACCCAGUAGUGCAAGACUGGUGCCACAGCAAAAUGAGACCUUAUAUGGAAGAAAUAGUUGUCAUAGCGAUGAGAUCUACUCUACAGUCCUUUCCAUCUAAGCAGGAUCAAGGGCAGUGGAUCACGAGGCAACGCUUGUAUCGGCAUGCCCAUCAGAUCGUGCAGCUAUCAAGAAACGGACAACGACAGACUCUGGAGAGGAUGGCUCUCUAUGUCUUCAAGCUGCAUGAUCACUAUCCGCUAGGCCAGUAUCCUAUACUCGCUAACACUGUGGCGUGUGUCUUAGAUUGGUGUGAAAAGACACUCGGCGGCGGACAUCCAGUGACUUACGACUUGAUUUGGCUUCUCGGGUCACUAUAUGCGAUGUGCGAUUCAGAUCUCGCCAGCGUGGUCUUAGAUCGAUUACCACAUGGUUUCUUAAGGAAGCACGAACGACCAUGCCUUUGUGGAUCUCUAGUCAUUCUGCCGUUCGUUGUGUUAGACAUGAAACGCAAAAGAUGUGAAGACGUGGAAAAUGCCAUCAAGAGGAUGCUUGCGAAGCCGUCCUGCUCACAGUGUUCCCGUGGUAUCGAGAGAUCGAUAUUCACAAAGAUUCUCUGCUCGAUAUAUUUCCAAACAGGUCGAGAUCAUGAAGCAGAGAAGCUUUGUCAGCGACUUAUCAGCGAAGAUCGGGAUCAAGGCCGUCAGUUUUUCGAGAUGACCGAAUGGCUAGCAUUGACAUACAAGCUUCAGCACAAGCUGGAAGAUGCAGAAGCUUUGUUCAAGCGGAUAGAAAGCUGGUUCGAGAAGCUCUCGGGGACGCAGUAUGAGGAGACUCUGGUUAUUGCCAGGGGACUUGGUUACGUGCAAGAGCAACAAGGAAAUUUUGCCGACGCAGAAGGGAAUCUUCAGCGGGCCUUAGAGGGCUAUGAGAAUCUCCAUGGUCCGGAUAACCUGGAAACACUUCGUAUCAAGCUUGACCUUGGCGUUAUGUAUGAGCAAGCUGGUCGAAGUGAUGCACAGGAUCUACUCCUACAUGUGUUGGCUGACUAUCAUGAAAUUCUGGGCCCGGAUGCCAGGGGUACUUUAGAAGCUACUUGCCGAAUAGGGAUCACCUUCGUUGGCACUGGGAAACUGAAACAGGCGGAAAAGUUGUUGCAGGUUUCGUUGAGCGCUCAAGAAAGGAAAUUCGGACAAGACGAUCCGGAUACGCGGGGGAGUAUCGUGGCCCUUGCGUGGUGCUAUCAAAAGCAAUGUCGGUUUCGAGAAGCGGAAGAAACUCUUGAGAAGUUCCGAUAUUCUCGUACUGAUAAAUCAGGCUUCUUUUCGCCAACAAGCUUUGGUAUCUCUUUUAUGCGCGCAGAACUAUACUGGGUUCAGGGUAAAAAGGAGGAGGCGUGGGAGAUGUACGAGGAGUUCCUGGUUUUCUCUGCAGACAUUAGCAAGCUCGACACAUUCAGGGGUGUGGCUGCUCGCAGACUCAUGGAAAAGGAAACUUAG